AUGGCCACCUCCGCGCAAAUCAGCGCUGAACACAACAAUCAUGUGGACUACGUCAUCCAAUAUAGUUUCGCAGACACGGACAUCUCCCAGGCGUCUCAACAGUUUGAAUUGCUGCUGCGGAGUCUGUCCGAAGUAGGACUUCAGUCGGAAGUCCGCCAGGGCGAUGAGGAGUCGUUGCUGGUUUUUGUCCGCGCGGCCAAGAAACACCGUCUGAAACGAGCGAUCUACCAGUCCCGAAUUCGUGAUUGGUUGCAUGGCGUCCGUAACACCGAGCCCGAGCCCGAGGAGUCCGCUGAGCCGCAAACCGAGGGGGAGCGCUUGCGCGUGAUAUACCAUAUGAUAACGGUGCCCAAAGAUGCCGGUGGUGCUGGGAUCACGAUGAAGUAUGGCGAAUGGAAGAACGUCAAGGCGAUUUUCCCCCUGCAUGACGACGAGGCCAACAAGCAGUGCAUGCGGGCAUUCAACAGCAAAACCUUCCUGUCUACGGAGGACAUAGAUUAUAUUCGCGAUGCAUUCGGCGAGAGCGUCGGAUUCUACUUUUCUUUCUUGCAAUGCUACUUUAGGUUCCUCCUCUUUCCCGCGGCCUUUGGAUUCUCGUGCUGGUUGCUGCUGGGGUCGUUUUCGAUUAUAUACACGGUCGUCAAUGCUUUGUGGUGCAUUAUAUUCAUCGAGUAUUGGAAGCGCCAGGAGGAGGAUCUCAGCUGUCGCUGGCAGACAAAAGGGGUUUCCGCCGUUCGUGAGAAGAGACGCGAAUUCAAACCUGAAAAGGAGAUCUACGAUGCAAGCACGGGUGAGACACGGGGGACUUUCCCCACGGUGAAGCGGACGUGUCGACAGCUUCUCCAGGUGCCUUUUGCGGUACUAGUCACGGCAGCCUUGGGGCUUAUCAUUGCGACUUGUUUUGCGAUCGAGAUCUUCAUCUCGGAGGUUUACAACGGGCCACUCAAGACCUACCUGGUCUUCAUUCCCACCAUUCUAUUGUCUGCCCUCAUUCCCACCAUGAGUGCGGUUCUCCUGUCCGUCGCGACCAGACUCAACGACUACGAAAACUACGAGACUCAGGCUGCGUACGAUGUGGCCAUGACGCAAAAGACCUUUGUUAUCAACUUCAUCACCUCGUACCUGCCCGUGUUCUUGACGGCCUUUGUCUACGUCCCAUUCGCCAGCCUUAUCGUACCAUACCUCGAUGUCUUCCACCUGACCGUCCGCCCCUUCGUUUCUAAGGAGCAUGCCACGACGGCGCGCACCGACUUCAGCAUCGACCCGGACCGUCUGCGCAAGCAGGUCAUCUACUUCACUGUCACGGCGCAGGCAGUCAACUUUGCCAUGGAGACGAUCGUGCCGAUUCUCAAGCAGCGCCUGAUGCGCGAAUACAAGGCGUACAACCGCAGAAAGCUAGCGCAGGCCGGCGCGGGCGAGCAGUCCGAUGAGAAGAAAGCCCCACCAAUCACAUUUAACGACCACAAGGACGAGGUGGAGUUCCUCAAGCGCGUCCGCAAUGAGGCAGAACUGGAAGACUACGACGUGACGGACGACCUUCGCGAGAUGUGCAUCCAGUUCGGCUACCUAGCCCUCUUCUCGACCACAUGGCCCCUCGUACCCGUGUCAUUCCUCGUAAACAACUGGAUCGAGCUGCGCUCCGACUUCUUCAAGAUCUGCGUCGAAUGCAAGCGUCCCACGCCCCAGCGCGCUGACACCAUCGGGCCCUGGCUCGACAGCCUCGGAUUUCUCUCCUGGACAGGCAGCAUCACCAGCUCCGCCCUAGUCUACAUGUUCAACGUCCGGCCGAACGGUGCGCCCACCGCCAUCACAGGCUGGGCCCUCCUGCUCACCAUCUUCUUCUCCGAGCACCUGUACCUCAUGGUGCGCUACGCCGUCAGCGCCACCCUCUCCAAGAUGGACCCGCCCAACGUCCGCCAGGAGCGCACAGACUGCUACUUGCUGCGCAAGAAGUACCUAGAUUCCACCAUCGCCGCCCGGAGCAGCGACGACGAGGAAGAGCAGUCUGCUCCCCAGCCAGACGAGACGGGCGAAAUUCCGGAGAUCACGCGCAAAUCGCUGGAGGACGAUGCGCGUCGGUGGUCCCGCCAUGGGAUGGACUCGGCGGAGCGCUUCUGGAUGCGUCAGAGGGGGUGGCGCGAGUCUGCGCAGGUGGGCGAGUCGAUGAUCCAGGCGCUGUCGUCGCAUGAGAAGAAGAGGCAGUGA